AUGACCCCUUUAUCAGGAAUAUCCAAUAUCCCAUUCAUGAUGGAAUCAACUCGAGGAUUUCGAUCUCGUCACCUUGCGGGCCUUCACAAGAAGCACCGAGUCAUUCGCAUUGGCCCCAGCCAUCUUUCUUACUCGGACCAUUCCGCCAUCAAGGAUAUUUAUGGACACAGCACCAAAUGUUCGAAAGGUGAUUUCUAUGACAUACUUUCGGGCACUCACUACCACCUGGCCGAUGUAACUGAUAAGAUCGAACACCAACGCAAGCGCAAGGUCCUCUCUAGCGCCUACGCAAUCAAGAAUCUGGCAGAUUGGGAGCACAAGAUCGCUGACAAGGUUGAUCGGUUAAUCAAACAAUUUGAUACUCGGUGUACCACACCACUACUCCCCGGAAAUAAGCCUGUGCAAGAAGAUCUGUCCAUCGACUACAGAAUGUGGACUAACUUCUUCACUAUGGAUGCCAUUGUGGACAUUGGCCUCAGUACAUCAACUGGCUUCCUCGACAAAGGCAAUGACGAGACUAUCGCAGAGCUUUAUGACGGGUCGAGACAUAUUGUGAGCUACCGCGACGUCCUGCAUAGCAAUCUGACAGCGCAGUCUCAUCUUGUUUGGAUCGGCGAGUGGUUCCCAAAAGUGCAGAAGUUUGUCCAGAUGGUGUCAUCAAAAUACAACACCAUGUUUUCGAAAGGCCCUCUUUACGAUGGGAUCGUCCUCCACCAGGCUCGUGAGCGUUUCAAGCGUUACCAGUCAGGCGAAAAGCUUGACGAAUUCUUUCAGGCCCUGAUGGAGAGCAAGAACGGCCAACAGCACAUGCUUGAAUGGGGCGAAAUUGUUGCAGAAAUCUCCAUCAUGCUCAACGCUGGUUCCGUAUCCACGGCAAUUGCUAUCAACAACACCAUGUACCUUCUACUAAAAAACCCCAAGUGUCUUGUGACUGUUCGGGGAGAGAUUGAUUCCGUAACUGAAGAAGGCGAGACUGUUAUCGCGUACGAAAAGGUCAAGUAUCUGCCGUAUCUUCGAGCAUGCGUCGAUGAAGCCAUGCGAAUCUUCCCCCCGACCCCUUUCAACCUCCCGCGGAAGACACCUUCUGAGGGUGCCACCAUCUUUAGAGAAUACGUUGCGGGUAAUACCACUGUUUCUAUGUCCUCAUAUGUCGCACACCGUGACGAGAAUGUCUUCCCAGAUCCAGAAACCUUCCGCCCGGAGCGUUGGCUGGGCGAAGAGGGAAAGCAGCUCCAGCCUUACUUUAUCACCUUCAGCGCUGGUGCUCGAGGCUGCAUCGGCCGCAACAUCAGCUAUCUCGAGCAGCUUGUGAUCACGGCCUCAGUACUGCACAGAUAUGAGUUUGCUCUGCCGUAUAUGGCCUGGGAGCAACAUCGGUACGAACAUUUUAAUCUUGUUCCAGGUCCGUUACCAUUAAAGGCGUGGAGGAGACCGGUGAAGGCCGAUGCAUAA